AUGAAGGACCUAGGGCUUGUGAAUGGGAAGUACUCUAAGCACAGCAUCCCUGCCGAGCCAGAGACACCACAGCGGGAUACAAUUCCUGCCAGGCCGGGCACCCCUUCCGUCAGCGAAAUUUUCCAAGAACCACUCCGCCCCUCCCCACUACCCACCUCCAAGGCACUGCCGGGAGUGAUGCUGAGCGGCCGCCUGCAGCUGCCUUACGCAGCGCCGUACGUACCCCCACCCAGCCUGCCGCCCCCGGAAUACGCCCACCUGGCCGCCUCCGGGGCGUGGCAGCCAGGGCGCAGGCGCGCGCUGCUCGUUGCCGCCAACUACAGCCGCUCCGCCGACGGAAGCGCCCGCCUGCGCGGCUGCAUCAACGACGUGCACUGCCUCAAGCACCUACUCACCUCCAAGUUUGGCUUCCAGGACAACAACAUCGUGCUGCUGCAUGACGAGCAGCCACAUGGGGACUACUGGCCCACAAAGGACAACAUUCUAGCCGCGGUGCGCUGGCUGCUGGAGGAUUGCCAGCCGCUGGACUCGCUGGUGUUUGCCUUCUCCGGUCACGGCUCCCUGGACACCCUGUGCGAUGAGCACGGCCGCGAUGGCAUCCUGCCCUCUGACUUCCUGGAGGCGGGCCCGAUAUACGAGGAUGAGCUGUACGAGGGCCUGGUGGCGCGGCUGGUGAAGGGCAGCCGGCUGCACUGCUUUGUGGACACCUGCAGGGGCAUCUUCGCACUGGGCCUGCCCUCCUGCGAGGAUGAGCGGGGGCUGGACAGCGGCUUUGGCGCAAGCCUGAGGCCCCAGCCGGACGGCGAGGUUGUGAUGCUGAGCAGCACGCUGUCCGAGGAUGAGGACCUGGACAUGGACUCAACCGACUACAGCCACUAUGCCUCCACAGGCGCGGUGACAUUUUCACUGAUCCAGGCGGUUGAGCAGGGGCAGGCAGCCACCUACAAUGUCCUGCUGCGGGCCAUGCGCUACUCCCUCAAAAACGGGCCCCAGCAUUUCCCCAAGGUCCCGGAGCUCAGCGCCUCACAGGACUUUGACCUGAACCGCCCGUUUUUGCUUUGA